CCCUUGCCUGUCCCUACUUCCUGUUGGGGGAAGCCCUCACUACUACUAACGGCACGGUACGCGGUUGCCGGCAAUACCCAAGCGUCUCUGCUCAAGGACGCCCAAUAGUUUCCCCUUCACAUAAUAGUCAUGCUCAACCAAGCCAUUUGCCUUUGUUCCACCCUUCGCUAAACCAUGAAACAAGAUGGCAGCAGAAGAGAAAUCGGAAGCCUCGUUCUGGUACGGACAAAUAGGAGCGCACGAUAAGCCCAGCCCAUCGCCAGCUGCCUCCCUGCCCAACCCCCAACUGUAGAAUCUUCCCCCCGCUGCGGACGCUUAGAGCUGCACGUAUACCACAAAUCCCAUCACGGCUACAGAUUCUUCCGCGUCCCUGGGACUAUUUCCUAAUCGCCCCAAAAUCUGACGCGGUGACCGACUGGAGACUCUAUUACAAACUCGGUUGCGGUUAGGAAAAGCAGAGCCGUCCCUUACAUACACAUAUGCGUAAUAGAUAUAACACGGGUUGGGACUAUAUUUUCUAUGAAGCAUGUCGACCAAUGGUAGUUUAAUGAAGGCGCGGAGGAAUACUAAUCGCCUGUCUUUCUAAUGUGAGGAUGCGUCACUGGAUUCCCCAGCGCAGGAGGAGCGGAAGCGGUUUGGUAGGAGGCGCCUAGGGGCGCUUGGCAACUAGCUUCUGAUUGACAACCCUAUGGGCCGGCCAAUUGCAAAGAGGACCGUGCCUGUGCUCCCCGCCCACCGUGCCGCGGCCAACCAAUAACGAGUGGAGGGGCGGGACUGGGGCUGUGAGCGUGUAGUGUUUGUCCGCUGGGUCAGGGAAUAGUAGUGGCUGGCGGAGAGGGAGAUUGCCCGUGUGAGUGACAAUAGAAGGAUAGUCUUCAUUUCUUGCGCUAUUUCCCGGAGUGUACAAACUCGCCAAGGGCCUGGUAGAUGGUUUCGUCGACGAUAUAGCAGUGUAGGUGCCAGCAAAGAUGGUGCUCACGCAGCAGGAGAACUUGAGCAUCCUCGUGGGGCAGCGCUUCGUCUGUCUCCUAGGAAAGGAUUUGCAGCUGGACGUGGAUACUGUUUCUCAAUGGCCUUGGAAAAGCGGGAUUGUCAGAGCCGCUUCCCAUAAAGAUCUCAACUGCCCUGAGAUUAAGAUAUAUGUGGAAUUUGACAAUGAACCCUGGCAAAACAGAACAUGGAUAGAACUGUACGGUUCUACAGUGAAGAUGUUUCUAGUGGAGCACAACUUGGUGUUGGCAGAGCGUUUGUGCCCAAGUAACCCUACUGUCUCUGUUCAGUGCCCUGCGAUGGUUUAUAAAGUCCUGGUGGGAAAAUUCUCUCUGCCACUGACAAUCUGCUUACAAUUUCUUGGAGACAAAGAAAAAGUGUUCAUUUCCAAAGAGCUAGUGCAACCUGUUCGGGAUCGCGAGACCUUGAAGCAGUUUAUGCAAGAGAACAAGACUUUUAACAAAGCUUUUCAAGAACUGAUAAGAAAAAAUGUGGAUGAAAGCCGCUUGCUCCAAGCUGCGAGAAAUACUAUUGGGAUGCCUAUAAAUGUCUAUAGCAUGGAUCCCUCGAUGCAGUGGUUCAGUGGAACCAUCACUAAUGUACGAACUGCUUCCCGGGCACUGGAAAUAAACUGUGAACAGUUACCAUCGUUAAAGAUUAUUGACCCUGCCCUGUUACAUGUUGUCCUUGUGCAUAAUUACGGAGAUAUAAACGAAAAAUCAAAGAAACCUCGGGCCCCUAAAAGAAAAACUCAGGAUGCAGAGGCUGAGGAUCAGACUGAAGUAAAACAAACUCGCAAUGAAGAGGUUCCCGGUAAGGAUGUUACACAGAAAACAAGCUUUCUUACAUACCGUAGAGAUGAUGGAAAAACAUUAGUUGUGGUUGACAACCCAAAAGCUACAGCAACCAAUUUGUUCAACUACCUAAAUCCAACAACUGAAGAACAGCAAAAGGUGCAACAGAGUCUGUCUUCCAAGCAGUCUGUCCCAGUUGGAUUUGGAGAAGCAUUGUUGGGAUGUGCCGCUACAACUCCAGGCAUCCAAAAUGCAGCAACACCUCCUCAGGCUAAUUCUCCUCCAAGCUUUGGUGCAGCAACACCUCAGGGGAAAGGAACCCAGAAUUUGCCAGGAGAUACUACAGUGCUGAAUGGCGAUUCAAAGAGAGAAGAGACCAAUUUGUUUCUGAGCGCUGCAGCCUCCCAGGGAAAUAAGAGGAGCUUGGGUUUUGGGAUGAUGGAAAGUCCCAGUACUUUUUCAUCAGUAUCUGCGAUGCCUUCCUGGUCUGGGUCUGGCCAAGCAAAGAGUGAUAAUGGGCCCAAAUCUGAGAACCUCUUUACUGCAUUUACAAAAUCAACAGUCUUUCCAAAGGGAUUUGAGUUUUCAGUGAAGAGUUUCCCUGAGCAAAAGAUGCUCUCUGUGACCGAUUCCCCUAAAACUUCCCCCCCAAAGGUCUGCGUGCAGCAGCAGCAAGAGCAAAAAGUCGUAAAGAAACCAGAGAACAAUCAUACAAGUGUGAAAGCUGUUCAAUCUCAAGAACCACCUUAUCCAAAGAGCCCAAACAAAAAUGAUGGUGUAACCUACCCCAGAUCCAUCCUGCUGGAUCCACAGAAGCUGAAAAGGUUGCAGCAGAGCGGGGACUGCUUUGUGCAGGAUGGCUCUUGCAAUGACAUUGCACCUCAUCUUCAUAAGUGCAGGGAAUGCCGCCUGGACCGGUUUGGCCGAAGCAGGGAGCAGCGGGAUUCUGCUGUGUUCUGCAGGUUCUUCCAUUUCCGAAGGUUGCACUUCAACAAACACGGCAUGCUAAAGGAAGGAGGCUUCCUGACUCCCAAUAAGUAUGAUGCAGAAGCAAUAAAUCUGUGGCUCCCUCUGGCAAGCAGCGUUGUGGACCUUGACCUUGAUACGGCAAAGUACAUCCUGGCUAAUAUUGGAGACCAUUUCUGCAAACUGGUCAUGUCCGAAAAGGAAGUGAUGUCUGCCAUUGAUCCAUCAAAACAAGUGGCCUGGAAGAGAGCAGUACGUGGGGUCCGUGAAAUGUGUGAUGUAUGUGACACAACCAUAUUUAAUCUGCACUGGGUAUGCCCCAAGUGUGGCUUUGGUGUCUGUGUAGACUGCUACAGGAUGAAAAAGAAAAGUUUAAGCAGUGGUGAGGAUGGAAAUGAGUCAUUCUCAUGGUUGAAAUGUGUAAAGGGCCAGUUGCAUGAACCAGAAAAUCUUAUGCCAACUCAGAUCGUUCCAGGCAGAGCUCUUUCUGAUGUAGGCGAUAUUGUCCAUUCUGUGAGGGGAAGAUGGGGAAUAAAGUCCAAUUGUCUGUGUUCAAACAAGCACGUACGGCCGGUACCUAAGCCAGUUGUAAAGGAAGAAGUGAAAAUGAGCACUCCUGAACCAGAGCCCCCAAAGGCACCCCUUGCACAGCCCAAUGUAUGCACUGCACCGGAUCCACCAGUGAUUACGAAUAAACCCAUCACACUUGCCAGCUCAAGCCCAUUAAGUUGGCUGACAAACCUUUCUCAGACAACUGUAAACAAAGAAAAUAAGGAUAAUUUAUUUGCUUCCGUUUCUAAAUCCGAACACAAACCACUACCAUCAUUUGCCAGCUUCGGAAAGCCCGUAUCUGCACUUCAAACAUUUGGCUCCUCCAUCCUGACGCCCACAACCAGCAAUAACUCAGGCUUCUUACGGAAUCUUCUCAAUUCCUCCACUAUAAAGCAAGGAACAAAUGAGAAGAGCACCCCUAAAUUACUCGAUGACAUAUUUGCUUCACUGGUACAAUCAAGGCCAUUGUCUGAUUUUGCUAGAAAACCACAGGGACUUCCAAUCCAGCCCAGCCUGAUGGGAUUUAAUACCCCGCACUACUGGCUGUGCGAUAACAGAUUGCUGUGCCUGCAAGAUCCCAACAACAAGAGCAACUGGAAUGUGUUUAGGGAGUGCUGGAAGCAGGGCCAGCCUGUAAUGGUGUCUGGGGUUCACAAUACCUUGAAUUCAGAACUGUGGAGGCCAGAAUCCUUUAGAAGGGAAUUUGGUGAUCAGGAAGCUGACCUGGUGAAUUGCCGGACCAAUGACAUAAUCACCGGGGCAACUGUUGGAGAUUUCUGGGAUGGCUUUGAAGACAUUUCAAGUCGUCUGAAAAAUGAUACAGGGGAUGCAAUGGUGCUGAAACUGAAAGACUGGCCUCCCGGGGAGGAUUUCAGGGACAUGAUGUUCUCCCGCUUUGAAGACUUGAUGAAUAACAUCCCGCUGCCUGAAUACACCAGGAGGGAGGGCAAACUGAACCUCGCAGCAAGACUUCCAACCUAUUUUGUGCGACCAGACCUUGGGCCCAAAAUGUACAAUGCAUAUGGCUUAAUUACACCAGAGGACAGGAAGUACGGUACAACUAACCUCCACCUGGAUGUGUCUGACGCUGCCAACGUCAUGGUAUAUGUGGGAAUUCCCAAGGGGGAGCAUGACCAGGAGCAAGAAGUGCUCAGGACAAUACAAGAUGGUGACGCCGAUGAGCUGACCAUCAAGCGAUUUAUUGAGUUCAAGGAGAAACCUGGGGCUUUAUGGCACAUAUUUGCUGCAAAGGACACAGAGAAAAUCCGACAGUUUCUGAAAAAGGUGGCAGAGGAGCAAGGCCAUGAAAACCCACCGGAUCACGAUCCCAUUCAUGAUCAGAGCUGGUACCUGGACAACGCACUUAGGAAGCGCCUGUUACAGGAGCACGGGGUUCAGGGAUGGGCUAUUGUACAGUUCUUAGGGGAUGCGGUCUUCAUCCCUGCUGGAGCACCACACCAGGUUCACAAUUUGUACAGUUGCAUUAAAGUAGCGGAAGAUUUUGUAUCCCCGGAGCAUGUGAAGCACUGCUUCUCGCUGACUCAGGAAUUCCGCUACCUUUCCCAUACACACACAAACCACGAGGACAAGUUGCAGGUAAAGAAUGUAAUCUACCAUGCAGUGAAGGAUUCCAUCGCAAUACUGAAAGCUAAUGAAGCCAGUCUGGGGAAACUUUAACAUUGGAACCCCCAUGGAGCAAUGUGGAUGAACUUCCUCUGGCAGCUGGGCUAACACUCAUUGCUCCUCCCACCCAGAUGACAAGUCGGUGAACAUAACCUCAAUUAUCACAACCAAACCCAAUUUGUAACUGUCCCUUGGCCCGACUGGGAGUUUAUUAAAUGUUUACAGUCACUGGGGGGUCACUUGGAAAUGACAAAACGAAGGUGAAGGAACCCGGAUCAGAAGGGUUCCGGCUUUCAUCGGAGCGACUCCUAUAGAACUUACUACUGCUUCACCUCCGUCACUAAGCAGCGGUGCCACGGCUGCGGAACUACUCGUCGCAAACCAAAACACUUUUUUUAAAAAAAGACUGUACAAAUAGAUACCUCUGGUUUUUGGAUGCUUUCCAAAACUCUAUGCUGUAAAUCUGUUCAUUUAAAUGCCAUUUUUGUUGCUUUUUGAUUAAUGAUUUCGGGGGGGGGGGGGGUCACGGAGGGAAACAACAUAAAAAGGAAAACUUUCUUUUUAUAGAAAAAACAAAUUCUAUUGUAGCCAUGAAAGCUUUGUUAGACUGGGCGCUCUACGUGCGGGUGUAAAUACGCAGGCUCUUAUCUUUUUACAUGGAGUUAUGAGUAGCACUGAGGUGCCUGGCGCUUUCUGUAAUUAAUUUCUCUGAUUUAGAUGCGUCUGUUGAAUUGUUAUUAAUUUAAUUAACAUUGCUUUGGAAUAUCGUUCUGUUUGGCUGGAUUGCAGAAUUGCGGGAGGGGAACGCCCGAAUGAUUUGCGGGUCAGGGACUACACCUGUGAUGUUUUGGUUUUUUUUUUAACUUUUUUUUUUUUUUAAUUUCAGUACUUAAAUAAAUUUGUGUUUAUGCCAUUUA